GAAGGGGGAUGAGUAAUGCCACCUGUCCCUCCGUUCUCCUACAGAGUCUGUGUGACGGUUAACGGAGAGUUCCUGCAUUACAUCUACCCCUUCCAGUUUCUGGAUUCACCUGAGUGGGACUCUCUCCGACCAUCGGAGGAGGGGGUUUUCCAGGUGACGCUGCGUGCCGAUAACCCCUGCAGAUAUGUGGUGUGGAGGAGGAAGAAACUCUAUCUGCUCUUUGCCAAACAUCGCUACAUUGCUAAGAUCUUUGCCCUGGUUGUGCGCAACGAUAUCACAGAUAAGCUGUACUCUCUCAACGACAAGGCUUUCGACUGCUCCGGCCACCGCUACGAUCUGCGCUUGCCCAGUUACUGUCACAUGCCAGGGACAGAAUUAGAAAAGGCAGAUGUCUUCCUGCAAGUGCCGGUGCAGAGACCAAAGACUGCCUAAACACACACACACACACACACACACACACACACACACACACACACACACACACACACACACACACACACACACACACACACACACACACACACACACACACACACACACACACACACACAGCUGUAAACCAUACACACUAAAGUUACUCCUUGCAUGUAGGAAUAGGUGUUAUCUGCACUGUGUUGGAUUAGUGUGUUUCCAGCGUUGUUUAAUCUGCCCACAUUGUUAGACCUCAACAUGUAAAGUAUGUAGGUGGAGCUGGCAGACUUCAACACACCAUGUGUCAGAGGAUACUCUCGAGGGGGCUGCUACUACGUGUAAACUGGGGUCACGUGAUUGCAGCGGGAGAGGCUACAAUCAGUAUUCAUGCGCUGGAAAAAGACCUGCCAGGAACGUGACAUCAGGGAGGACCCGCCAAUUUCAGAUGCUAUGUGACGUACGUUGAAAUUAUGAAUCACCAAUCUAGAGUUUUGAAGAGAGAUGAAAUAAGCAAGAGGCCUAAUUAUAAAGUAUCCACCACUUUCUUCUUGUUUGCUAAACCUGCAGAAGGUAUUUCCUCCAUAUACACAGUCUAUUUGGCGGGAAAAGGAUAUCAGUAGUUAGUUUCUUUCCAGACAGUUUGAGAAAACGUUAACAGCUCUAUAGAACUGAUCUGUUGAUCCUGUCAACUUUAAAGGUCCCAUGUCAUGCUUUUCCGGUUAUUACCUGUCCCCUUGUGUGUUAUGAAGUAUGCAUGUAAACG